CCUGCCCGAACGUACAUGCUUCUACUUGCCGGUUCCGAAUGUAGCCGGAAAUCUACUUUUAUUAAGCCUAAACCGUUCUAAGAUUUGCCGAGCCUUUUGGGAUUUGUGAGUACCGUAUUCCCGGACCCAGAUGGAGAACCCCUGCUGGCAAUCAAAAUUACCAACGGGAUGGGGUAUAUAAGGCGCCGCCAAUCUUCUCUCGAAGGUCAAAGUGUACAUCAUUCGCCCCUACUACUACUCAAGGACAUUCAUUCACCAACAGGAACAAAAUGCUUGCUUAUUUUCUGUUUGCCAUAAUGGCGGCUGUGGGUGUUCUGGCGAGGAGCGAGUUUCCGAUGGAGUUGGAGCCAGCACUUACUUUGCGGCUUGGACUUGAAUUGCCGCUUUCGACCGGCCGAGCUAUCCAAGGGUACGAUCUUAGCUACACUGACUGCCCUAACGGCACGAUCUUCAGCGCCCCAGGAGCGAAUGUCACCGUAAAUGCCACUAUCAUACACGCGGAUGCCGUGGUCCGCAUUGACCCCGACGGUGGAAAAUUCAGACUCAACGUCCAUGGUGUCGCAAGAACCACCAACGGAACCAUUUUCCAACUCACCUACACCGCUAUCAACACCCCCGUUGAAGAGUUUAGAAAGGUCCUAGCGCGCGCCCCGGAUGCUAAGGAUACCGAGUUUGGUGAUAUGUUUUCUCAACAUUCUUUUGAGGUUCCGAUUUCGGCCCCGGAAUUGGCGCCGCUGAACAGCAACAUAUACGUGGGCGUGGGUAGGCUCCUUAUUGACAAGGAUCGGGUUGUCACUGCGGAGUAUGCUAUUAGCAGGGUUAUUCUUGAGGAAUGAGCAUGGCGGAGUAUGAGUUGGAGAUGGGCGGAGAGGGAGAGUGCGAGGUGAGGGGGGCUGUUCCGGAUAUUGGGUAAUUGGGUAUCGAGUAAUCGAGUAAUUGAAUAACUGAGUAAUUGAGUUGAAUUUAAAGGGGGAUA